GCCCCGCCCCUCUGUCCAUCCGGCUCCGGGCCAGCGUUGCCGCCCGACGCCAGCGCGAGGUUACCGGUGUUUCAGCCUAGACGCUGUACCCGCACCUCUCGGCUGAAGAAACGGAGGCGCCCCCUUUGCCGGCCUGGCCGGGAUGGCCCCCAAACCCUUAGACUCGGUGAAGGGGCUACGCUCCGCCGGCAACCAGAGCUUCCGUAACGGCCAGUUCGCCGAAGCCGCCGCGCUCUACAGCCGCGCGCUGCAGGUGCUGCAGGCGCAAGGUUCUUUGGACCCUGAAGAAGAAAGUGUUCUCUACUCCAACCGAGCAGCAUGCCACCUGAAGGAUGGAAACUGUACAGACUGCAUCAAAGACAGCACUUCCGCACUGGCCCUGACUCCCUUCGCCAUGAAGCCCCUGCUGCGGCGAGCAUCCGCAUACGAGGCCCUGGAGAAGUACUCCUUGGCCUAUGUCGACUACAAGACAGUGCAGCAGAUUGAUAACAGUGUGACAUCAGCCUUGGAAGGCAUCAGCAGAAUGACCAGAGCUCUCAUGGACUCCUAUGGGCCCGAGUGGCGCCUGAAGUUGCCCUCUGUCCCCUUGGUGCCUCUCUCAGCUCAGAAGAGGUGGGAUUCCUUGCCUUUGGAAAACCACAGAGAGGCAACUAAAAGCAAAUCCAGAGACACCACAACUGCGAAGAACAGAGUGCCUUCUACUGACGAUGUGGAGAGAGCCAGAGUUCUGAAGGAAGAAGGCAAUGAGCUCGUAAAGAAGGGAAACCAUAAGGAAGCUGUUGACAAGUACAGUGAAAGCCUCUCGCUUAGUGACCUGGAAUCGGCCACGUACAGCAACAGGGCGCUCUGCUAUUUGGUCCUGAAGCAGUACAAGGAAGCAGUGAAGGACUGCACAGAAGCCCUCAGGCUGGACGGGAAGAACGUGAAGGCAUUUUACAGACGGGCUCAAGCCUACAAGGCACUCAAGGACUAUAAAUCCAGCUUGGCAGACAUCAGCAGUCUCCUGCACAUUGAGCCCAGGAACGGCCCUGCACAGAAGUUACAGCGGGAAGUUAACCAGAGCUUAAACUAAAAACCUAAAAGGGCAGCAGAAUACCUCUGCCUGACCUCCUCUGUGCCUGCCCCCGGGACCCAGCAUGCCCCAGAGUGAGCUUGGAAGCCCCUCAGAGAGGCAAUGGCCUCCACCCCUUAAGAGGCUUUGCUUGUUCAAGUUAAGCUCAGUGUAGUCAAAAACCAGACAUUUUGCUGGAAUGGUCCCUGCUAGAGUUGAACCCCUGUCACCCAUUCCCCCUGCCACAGACAGCUGGUAUGUCACACAAACAGGUCCUCAGCAGCAGAGCGCUUGGUUCUGUCCCUGCCCCAAGCAUGCUGCAGGCCCAGUGCUGCCCCUUCCCGCCUCACCAGACCCAUCUCACUGUGGUCCAUCUGAGCAAGCUGGAGAAGCUAGAGAACCCUGGCCCACCUACCCCCCAAAGCAGCCUGUUGAGCUGUUCUCCAGGGCUGUCCUCGGUAUACUAGCCUGUGUUCUGAGCCCCAGUGCCUUUUGGCCAGACCCUCCUUUGCUGGGGUGGUGGAACCCAGACCUUUGUCUGUGGCUCUGUGUUGCUGCCUCCUGCAUGGAGGUCCUAAGAGGUUGAAGAGCCCAGAGUUGUGGCUGUUCCUGAAGGAGGGAUGGAAGAAAGGCCCCCUUGAAGUCAGUGCCCUUCCAGUCUGGGCAGGGACUUACCUUUUGACCUCACCAGUGGCCCCCUCCAGGCUUCUUUGUAAUACUAUGUUUGUUUGAACUGAGUACUAGUAUGUAAUAUUAAGGUUGUAGAAUUGUGUUUAAGCUAUUGCAUUAAAUAUCUUUCUUCUA